GGAGGGUUGCUUAAUUGGCUCCAGCAGCACAACAACGACGCAGGACUGCUAUCUCUGUGCGGAAGAGUGGCGGGAGGCGUCGGCUGCAAAGACAGAACAGCACUUUUUAGGGCCCUGGGCCUGAGGUCAAAAUUUGGGUCUGAUACUGGCACUGUUGCUGGGAGGUUGCUGGUUGCUGAAAACUGAACAAUGCAUGGCAGCCUCGAUUGGCGGCCUCCAAGGUUGCACAGCAAGACACUAAGAGAUACUGUAAAGCGAAGGUAUCAGUGAAACAUCACAGUGUGGUUUGAUGUUUUCCCAAUGCGCGAGCUUUCAGCUUCGCUGAUGGAGCACAGGGGAGCAAAUUAUGAGAAGGAUCUAGAAGCUGAGGAAGCCAAAUUGAGGCAGAGCUGGUAACACCAUAAGCAUCUUGGGCAGCAUUGCAAACCUAAAGCAGGGUGCUGCUGCCGUUCUCUGCGAUGCAAGACAGAGGAGUACUGGCCUUGUCACUGCCGACAACCGCUCAAAAGAGACUGCGCAGUUGGCUUGUGCUACCUUGGGGUCUACUGUCGUUAGUCAAGAUACUGGUAUAGGCUUCUAUUCUCUUGAAGGUAGUCAAAUGGCAAGUGCGGCUCAUGAUGCAGCACAGCUUUACAAAACUGCCUCGCGGCAUGACUUGCAGGAGAACUCUGAGCACCGAAAGAAGGAGGUUCGGACGGCGGCAGACGUGUUUGCGGACAGAGCCCCGUCCGUAAUUGACAUGGACCUGCUCUGGAAGCUGCAGGCAGACCACUACAAGGAGUUUGCAAGCCGCUUGCACGAUGGGGAUGCGGACAACCCUCAGGCGACUGUCCAGAAUGCGCCUGACCAGCUGUAUGGCGGUCAGGAUGCAUUGAAUUUGGGGGCGAGGUCAGGGGAGCAAGCUAGAGUAGGACGAGAACUGAAUGGCGGAACUGGUGGGAGCAUCAGCACGUUUGGGAAAGAGGAGGGAACAGAGCGAGCAGGGCCCUCAAGGAAGAGCGUUCGGAGGGCCAAGAAGCGAAUGUUAGAAUCAGGACUCUUGAGCAGAGAGUUGCCUGCGGACCCAGGGUCUUGUGAGCCAUCACUAGGGGAAAGUCUAGGAGCAGCAGGGGACUCUGUAAGGUCCAAAAUUGAGAGGAGAAGAGACGCCGAGCUUGAGCCCUCCCCAAAAUCAAUCCAAAAGCAGGCAGAAGGACCAGGACCCCCGCAGAAGCAGGGUGGUGUUAAAUUGGUUGCGUCUGAAACAAGGAGAAAUGCACCAGCUGAAGUUGCACAGAACCAGCGGAGGCGGGAGGAAGUCUCAGGAGAAGGAGAGGGCCCCGGUGUUGCCAAGUCCCCCGGACAGCCAUCAAAGGUACUUUACGUCAAGAAUUUGGACAGAAGUGUGAUCAAGGGCGACCUACUAGCGCUUUUCCUCCCUUUCCAAAGAACCGGCGCUCCCUCCGUUUCGAUUCGUCUGAUGCAAAGGGGCCGGAUGAAAGGGCAAGCGUUCAUCACGUUCCCAGACCUCCCGACAGCCCGCGAAGCUCUGGAGGCUACCAACGGCCUCGUGAUCAUAGGAAGACCCCUUAUCGUCGAAUUUGGUCGCAAUCCAGGCUAGGCGUUGACGGGAAGGUCCUCCGCGUAAUCAGGUUGCUGCAGACCCGCAUCAGUGGCGCCGUGAAUGCUCCCAUGCUCCUUUCAAGGGAGCGGUCUUUGACCAGCCGACGGAUCUCUAUGGAAGGCCAGACGGCCAUGCCCGUAGUGCUUUGGUUCACUGUGUGUUUGGAAAUAAGCAGA